AUGGAGUCAAGCCAAAAGGUGGUUGAUGAGUUCUGCAAUAUUCCAAGAGAUAUCAUCUUCAGAAUACUCAAAGAUUUUCCAGUCAAAAAUUUAUUAACAUUAAGGUGCGUUUCGAAGCUCUGGUGCUCCAUAAUUGACGAUCCACUUUUCGUUCAAAUACACCAUAUUCAAUCCCAUACUCGUCCUGAAGCUAUCAACCUUCUUCUUCGGUAUGAGAAACAGAAUUCUUGUUUAUACUCUCUACAUCCAGAAGGAGGCUUAGCCUCUUACAUACUAACACUACUAGAUAAAGAAAUCUCUACUCCCUUUCAGUCCAUUAAUGGCUUGGUCUGUAUCGAGAAUUCCAUAUACAAUCCUAGCACCAGAGAAUUCAAAACCCUUCCACGUCUAAGGGUGAAUGUACCUUGUGAUGUUACUACAACUAAAGUCACUACUCCGGUGGAUGUCUCCACGAAAUUCUUCCUAGGAUUGGAUCCUUCCACCAGUAAAUACAAGGUUCUCGCCUUGUGUCGACUCUUUUCGAAUGCUAGUGAGCAUGCUCAAGUUCAGUUCAAGAUUCUGACGCUCGGCACAAACUUGUGGAGAGAGAUUGAUACUUCCGAGCUUCGAUUAGACAUACCCCAGCUAUAUAUGGCUUAUGCCAAGGGUUAUUGCAUUGCUGAUGUUAUAUAUAUUACAUCUAAGGGUGACUCCAAGGAUGUGAUAAUUGCUUUUGAGGUAGGAAGCGAGAAGUUCAGGAUCAUUCGACUUCCGGAUGGUGCUAAUACUGAGACUUGUUUUGUGAUACAAGUAAAUGAACAUCUGGCUCUGAUAGAUGGUAGGAUUUCAGCAAUUUGGAUAUUAGAAGACUACGAGAAGCAACUAUGGAGUAGGCAAAGUCUCGUCGUACCACGAUAUUGUCCAAGUUGUGACGUGGUGCAUUGUUUUAUACCAGUUGGUACCAUUCAUACCGGUGAGAUUUUAUUUCGAUGUGCUACAUCAGAAUUGUUUUAUUAUAAUCUGGAAACUAAAGCAUUGAGGAGGGCCUGGGUGCGUUCAUACUUUGGGUAUGAUACAUUGUCAAAUCUAUGCAUCACUAAGCAUGUGGAGAGUUUAUAUCGGUUGAAGGAGAUGUAA